AAUCAUGAAAAGCGGAUCUUUUAUCAUUCUUGUUCAAGUCUUUCAGAAGUUAACAAUCAGUAACAUGAAAUGACAUGAUCUUUUUCUAUGGUAACGAUUACAUUAAACAUGUGUUAAUGCUUUACUUCAAUUCAAAUGUUAUUCACCUGUGAAUCUUCAUGAAAUCAACUUUACACUAAACUUGCCAUCAGAUAGUCGGACUUGGCAUUUAUUGCAACAAAUUGAAAACCAUUUUCCGUUUUCAUUUUUAAGUGACAAUCUUUUGUUUCUUCAUUCAUUUUUGUUCAUUCCAAUGAAUCCAAUCAUGAGUUUAAGCACAACUUCAUCCCCUUCGUCUUCAUCUUCAUCUUCAUCCACAUCAUCUCUAUCAUCUUCAUUGUCAACACCAUCUCCAUCCAGUUCACCUGAAAUACCGCCAACAUUAAUCUCAUCACCAUUACUGAGGAAUACUCGAACCCCAACUUCGCCUGAAUUGAGGAAAUCAAGUACUGAAAAGUUACCGACCAAUGGGAAUGACUUGAAAGCAAACGAUUUUCUGACUGACCCUCAAUCUGAACCCAUUAAAUCUGGUGAAAUAAUUACCAAAGGAUUGGAUUGUAAAACUAAUGGAACCAAUGGAACCAAUGGCCGGUUAAGGUCAAUCAACUAUGUUAACAAUGACCAUUUGUCAGCCAUUUUCUCGUCCCUCAAUUACAUGAGGAAAAAUGGUCAACUCUGUGAUAUUAUUUUACAAGUCGCCGGAUCUCAAUUGAAAGCCCACAAAGUGGUCUUAUCAGCUACCUCUGCUUAUUUCAACGCCAUGUUCAAUAGUGAAAUGAGCGAGAAAAAUAAACCUGUGAUUAUUUUGCAUGAUAUUGAAUUCAAUGCUCUAAAAUUGUUGAUUGACUAUGCAUAUUCCGGUGAAAUUGUCAUCAGUGAGGAAAAUGUUCAAGCUUUAUUACCAACUGCAAGUCUUCUUCAAAUUUCUCCUGUUCGUGAAGCUUGCUGUAAGUUUCUUUUACGUCAACUUGAUCCUUCCAAUUGUUUAGGAAUCCGUCAAUUUGCUGAUGCACAUUCAUGUGAAGAGCUACAUCAAACAUCGGACAAGUUUGUUGUUGAAAAUUUUCCCGCCGUGGCAAAAACUGAAGAGUUUCUAUUGUUACCAUACAGUGAGGUUGAAGAUCUAAUUUCAAGUAACCAUUUAAACAUUCACGACGAGAAUGAGGUUUAUAAUGCAGUUAUACGGUGGGUUAAAUAUGACCUUAAAUCACGCGAAGGAAGAUUAGGUUCUUUGCUUCAACACAUAAGAUUUCCGUUAAUCCAUAAGAAUACUUUGUUAAAUCAUGUUUGUAAGGAACCCUUGAUGGAAGGUAAUCCUGAUGGUAAAGAUUUACUGAUUGAGGCAAUGAGGUACCACUUGAGUCCCGACCAACGAACCAACAUUAAAAACAUACGAACUCAAUAUCGCCGCCCAAAAGGUUUAAAGACGUACAUUUUUGCCAUUGGAGGUGGCUCAUUGUUUGCUAUUCACAAUGAAUGUGAAUUUUAUGAUCCAGUUAGUGAUACAUGGUGCUCUUUUGCACCAACCUACAAGAGACGAUCUCGAGCCGGAGUUACCACUUUAGGUCGACAUUUAUAUGCAAUUGGAGGUUACAAUGAGAAUAAAGAAUUGUCUUCAGGUGAAUUUUACGAUCCAAUAGUUAACUCCUGGGAACCCUUGGCACAAGAUAUGGGAACAAAACGUAGUUGUCUGGCUAUAGCAACGUUGAAUGGUCUCAUAUAUGUUGCUGGUGGAUAUGAUGGAGCUUCUUGUCUAUCCUCGGUGGAAAGGUUUGACCCAUUAUCCGAUAUGUGGGCAUCUGUUGAAGCCAUGACCGGUAGACGAAGACAUGGACGAUUAACCGUAUUAGAUGGUUGUCUCUAUGCAGUUGGAGGUUAUGAUGGAACCAAUUAUCAGGCUUCAAUGGAAAGAUAUGAUCCAAGGGAGGCUCGGUGGCAGUUAAUGCCUCCAAUGACUAAUCGUCGCAGUAGUGCUGGAGUUGCUACUUUGGAUGGUAAAAUAUACGCAGUUGGCGGCAAUGAUGGCAGUCUUUGUAUGAAUACAGUUGAACGAUUUGAUCCAACAAAAAAUGCUUGGGAAUCAGUCGCACCAAUGCAUACUCGAAGGAGUACCCAUGAUGUUGUUGAGGCCGAUGGAUUUCUUUAUGCGAUUGGAGGCAAUGAUGGAAGCUCAAGCUUGAAUACUGUUGAAAGAUUUGAAAUUAAAGGAAAUCGAUGGAUUCCAAUCAAUUCAAUGAUGUUAAGGCGAUCCUCUGUUGGAGCUGCAGCUUUGGAAUGUCCGAAUAUGGAGAAAAUUUUGGAAGCUUUGAAUCAUCAAGAAUCGUGAUCUGUGUGAUAGUUAGAAUUUGCUGCUUCGAUUUUUUGUUCUUUUUUCUGUCUUGCAGUUGAAAAGAUUUUUCCCGCUUUUCCCUGUUUCCUCCGUUUUUCUGUAUUCUGAUAAGAUCGUGAGAAACCAACAUUGAUCUACCAAAAUAGCCAUCAUGAAAAACCACCGCAAUGACCAUUCUUGUCACCAUUUUGUCAUUUUCAUCAUCUCUCUUUAACUUAUGUUAUGACUGCGAGUAAGAAAACAUUGAUCCAUCAUUGAAAAUCAUCAUUUUUACUGGCAAACCACCAAGAAGCCUUGUGCUUUUGUUUUUUUAUAAACAAUUAAUUUUUGAUUAUUAUUAUUAUUAUUAUUACAAUGUAAACUAAAGUUGAACAAACCACUGUUUUGUUUUAGUUUCUGUCAAUUAUACAUCCAUCACCAAUCCUUGAUGCUUGAUGGUUUCCAUCUUCAUCUAAGAAAUGAAUACCAAAGGACUCAUGAUUAACAUGAGUUGUUGUUUAUUUGUCUUUUCCUGCUUUACAAAAGAUCUUUUGUUAUUAAUUACAAUGUUCAACCACUUUUUUGUUAACAUUAACUUAAACAAAGUAUCAAGCUAAUCAAAUUAAAACGCUUACCUUCCGAGAAACUGUA